UACAUUAGCCAAACAUCCAGGCGGCAUCGCAAUGACCGCAUAUCGUGACGCAGAUGCAACCACUGCAUUUCACGUGUUUCACGCUGGUUCUAAACUAGCAUAUCAGAUGUUAAAUACCUUACCAGCAAGCAGCAACACUGCCCACGAGGCGACUAGAAUGCAGGAAAAGCCAUCAGAAGCAGUAACGUUAUCAGAAGAUAAAGUGAUUGGUUGUUUGAAUCUGGAUAAGCAGCGUAUUGCUGUAAUUAACAAAAAUUUUGAUCGCUUCAGAUCAAAGGCAGUACGCAAAAUGGGCCUGUUCGAAGCAAGCAAUGCUUUUUUCUUCCGUAAAAUAUGCGAAGCAAUCGGUCUAUUACUCUUAGCUGUUGUUUUGCAACUUCACUAUCAUUUCAUAUUGUCAGCCAUGGACUCGCGUGGCAACAACUGGGAUGGUUGAUC